UAAGAAACUAGUCAACCUCAAAAACCAAGGGAACUUUGAAACCGCGUAAGGACGCUCGAACUUUUACUCAUGCAUUCGGAUCAUAUUUGUUUAUUUAUUGCGCAUCUGGAGGAGACGCUUGCCCGUUUUGGAUCUAUUUUGAUGUAGGCUUGAUCAAAUGUUUCAUCUUAUUUGAUAUUAUUGACACCAGUGGGUUAUUAGUACAAGUAAACGCGAAGAUGAGAUGUGGGAAAUGACUGUCGAGCGUCUAUGAAGUAUCGUGCAAACUUUUCGCGCCCGAGUUUAAGCUAUCAGCAAUCGCAUCCUGAGCAUUUUUGUUUUCAGAUGGAUCACUAUCAGUGUCCCCUUCACAGAAACUUUUAUAUCUGAUUUGUCACGAGAGUUCCAGCCUUCAGAGUUUGACAGUUUAACAUGGACACAGUGAGAUUUUCCAGGCAUUUUAUGUACUACAUUGCAGUCCUUUGCUUCAUAUGGAGGAGUGCAGCAGAUCAACACAGUUUUACAGACCACCUACACCAAGCCAAUGGAUUAUCCGAGCUGUGUGUUAUCGAUAAGAUGAUAUGUCAGGAUGAAAAUGCUCUGCUGAGUUUCGAGGCCAUUCGCAGCAUCCACAAAGACAUGGACGACGAUGCAGAUGGGAGCGUGGAUGUGACAGAAACGGAUGGGUUUCUAAGGGAGGACCUAAAGUACCAGGAUCCCAAAGGAAAACACAAGAGCUUUCAUAGAGCAGAUUUGCUGGUCACAGUGGAGGACAUGUGGAACUCAUGGAAAGCCUCUGAAGUGUAUAACUGGACAGUAGAAAAAGCUGAGGAAUGGCUCAUCAACGUUGUGGAGUUGCCACAAUAUGUUGAUUCCUUCAGAAAAAAUGGCAUCAUUGGGAGGGCUCUGCCGAGAUUGGCAAUAAAAAACGCCACCCUGCUUUUUGCUGUGCUGAAGAUACCGGACCGCAGUCAUGCUCAGAAGCUGCAGUUGAAAGCUCUGGACUUAGUUAUCUGUGGGCCACCAGUGAACAAGCACAGUCACUUGAAGGACUUAAUGCUGGUGGUGUCCAUUGUGAUUGCAAUCGGGGGCUGUUGGUUUGCCUACAUCCAGAACAAAAACUCUAGGGAGCACAUGAGCAAGAUGAUAAAGGACCUGGAGGGGCUGCAGAGAGCUGAGGAGAGUCUCCUGGACCUCCAGCAAAAACUACAGAUCGAGCAGGAGAAGCAGCAGACGGUAAAGGUGGAAGAGGUCAAACUAAAGCAGAAGUUACAGGAUGAGAUAGACACGGCCAAGCACGAGGCACAGAGACUGCAAGAACUGCGUAAGGGCACAGAGAACGAACUGAGUCAACAGAAAUAUGCAGAGGAAGAGCUGGAACAGGUGCGCAUGGCUCUGAAGAAGGCCGAGAGGGAGCUGGAGUCCAGAAACAGCUGGUCUCCACCCGAAGCUCUUGAAACAUGGUUGCAGCUUACUCAUGAGGUGGAGGUGCAGUACUACAACAUCAAAAAACAAAGUGCUGAAAAACAGCUUAUCUUGGCUAAAGAAGGGGCAGAGAAGAUCAAGAAGAAGAGAGGAACGCUCUUUGGAACGUUUCAGGUGGCUCACAGCUCUUCAUUGGAUGAUGUGGAUCACAAAAUCCUGUCUGCUAAACAAGCUCUGGGUGAGGUGACCGCUGCCCUGAGGGAAAAACUCCAUCGAUGGCAACAAAUCGAGUAUCUGACGGGUUUUAAUAUCACUAAUAAUCCUGGGAUGUCCUCUCUCGCUUCUGCUCUUAAUCUGGACCCUGCGUUCCUGGGCAUCCGGCCUGCCACACCUCAGACCCUACUGUUAUCUGAUGACUUGGAUGAUUUGGAUGAAGACAUGCUUUCCCCAGAAACCCUGCGAUAUGCCGCCUGGCAGAUGGACCGGCGAGUGAGCGACCUUUGGCCUGGGGCAUCCGGAAGCCAAUCCCUUUGGAAACAAUCUGCUCCCAGUCUGAUGUCCCUCAGGCCACGACAUGUAGAGGCGCUGCAGACCCUGAGCUCACAGAGGGAUCUAAACCGUUCAGAAUCGGAUUCCUCCCUCUCUAUGUCCCAGUAUGUGGAAACGCAACCCUCGACUCAAUACAAUAGGUUUUCCAGGUCCAAUGAGGGUUCUUCCACAAACAGCCCUGUACUGCAGAAAAAGACCUUUGGCAUGGAGAAGUGCGUCAGUCUCGGAGAGAUUCACUCUCAGCCAUCUAGCAUCAACUCGGCCGAUUCGACGCGCUCCCUCAUCCAUACCUCUUCUGAGCCGGACGGCUUUCCGGGGUCAGGACGGGCAGGCAACCGUAACCCUCACAUCACGGCCAAGAAGAACCUGAUAGAAGAGGACAACGGUUCCACGGGAGAAGACACAGAAGGUUCUGGCUCCGGCCGCAAGAAGCACACCUUUACAAGAAUCUUUAAGAGACCAAAGAAAUAACAACAGCAAAACGCCAAAAUAUGUAUAUAAAGAUUUUAUUCACAGGACAGAGAGGAGCACAUUGGUACUUUUUGAACCAUGUCACUUGGGAGCAGAUUUUUAUCGCAUUUUUUAUUUCCUAGUUUGUGUUGUCCAAUGGGAACAGUACUAGUCAUGUGUUGGGAACAGGUAUGAUAUCACUGUACAUUUAUUUAUUUAGAUGCUUCAGAGGCAUGAGAUGCUUUGUGCAUUUUUGGUUUAAGCAUUUUACUGUAAUUAACCCUCUAGGGUCCGACCAUUUUGGGACACUGGCAGAGGUUCUGACAUGCUCUUACAUUUCAGUUGCUUUAAACAUACUAAUGGCAAGUGUCUCAUAACACCCUAGAGCAUCUAAUUUACAACCGGCCAGCCCAUGCAAAGGCUUUCAGCACAUUCAAAUGUCAUCCUAUCCUGUGCUGUUGUUUUACAUAGGAUUUGCUUGGACAUCUGUGGUGCUGUUGUUAUGUAUCGCAACUCCGCAUUGUUCUGCCAGGGGAUUGGAUUUGGGUUUAACAUGACUAUCUGUAUUUUUAAAUACACCAUUAAUUGUCAAAUGUAUGUGGUAGAUAAACAUGAAUGCCUUGUGGCGGUACUGAAGUACACAGCAUCUGUGUACAUGUAUUGACUGAUGGUUUUAAGGGCUGAAUAUAUCUUUAUACUUUGUACUGUACCAUAAUUAUGAUCUUUCAAGUUUUGAAAUGUUAUACUAUCACUACCUCCUCACAAAGGAGCACGGAUACGACUGGUACCUUUCCCUAAUAUGAAAGCAUUGGCUAGUGUGUGUGUGUCAUAGACAGGAUGUGUAGCUCUCAUAUUCAUCUGUCAUUUAUGCUCAGCAUGUAACUACAUGCCUACAAGUCCUUUCACAUUCAACGAAUGAGAAAUUUAAAGGGUGGGGUGUUUUACAAAAUAAAGUUGAAUGGUUACAUACA